GCUCCGCAGAGACUCCAUCGCGUCUCGCCUCUCCGCUCCACUCGCCCACCUGCUGCCAGAAGAGGAGGAUGCCUCUCCAGUCCACUCUGUCCGGCAAGAAGUCCAGCUCCGUCCAGGCUGAGAGCACUCAGUGGGAUGGGAAGACGUUUGAGCAGCUCAGGCAGGAAUGUCUGCAGAAGGGGGUUCUGUUCGAGGACCCGGACUUCCCGGCCGUGGACUCGUCCCUCUUCUAUAGCCAGACCGUUCCAGUUCAGAUCCAAUGGAAGAGACCAAAGGAGAUCUGUGAAAACCCAAAGUUCAUCGUGGGAGGUGCAGACAGAACCGACAUCUGCCAAGGGCAGCUGGGUGACUGCUGGCUCCUGGCGGCCAUCGCCUCGUUGACUCUAAAAAAAGAUGCCAUGGCUCGAGUCGUGCCCCCCGACCAGGACUUUGACCACAACUACGCCGGCAUCUUUCACUUUCAGUUCUGGCAACACAACAAAUGGCUGGAUGUGGUGGUGGACGACAGACUGCCGACUGUGAGGAACCGCCUCAUCAUGCUUCACUCCGCCUCCAACGACGAGUUCUGGAGCGCCUUGCUGGAGAAAGCUUACGCCAAACUGAACGGCAGCUACGAGUCCCUGAAGGGCGGCAGCACCAUGGAGGCCAUGGAGGACUUCACCGGUGGAGUCGGUGAGAUGUAUGAAACCAAGAGUGCUCCAGAGAACCUGUUCUCCAUCAUGAAGAAGGCCCUGGACAGAGGCUCCAUGAUGGGAUGCUCUAUUGAUAUCACCAGCUCUGCAGAGUCUGAGGCCAAGACGAGCACGGGUCUGGUGAAGGGUCACGCCUACUCCAUCACAGGCAUGGAGGAGUUGCAGUUCAGGGGUCAGACAGUGAAGCUGAUUCGAGUCAGAAACCCCUGGGGUCAGGUGGAGUGGAACGGAGCCUGGAGUGACAAUUCCAGAGAAUGGAAUUACAUUGACAAAAAAGAAAAAGACCGCAUCCUGCAGAAUUCUUUGGAAGAUGGAGAGUUCUGGAUGGAGUUUGAGGACUUUAAGAAGAACUACGACAAAGUGGAGAUCUGCAACAUGACGCCUGACGCCCUGGACGACGACACCAAACGCCACUGGGCGGUCAACGUGUUCGAAGGAAACUGGAUCCGUGGCUCCACCGCUGGCGGCUGCAGGAACUACAUCGACACUUUUUGGACCAACCCUCAGUUCCGGCUGCAGCUGGAGGAUGCUGAUGAUGAUGAUGAUGACGUGUGCAGCGUGGUGAUCGCUUUGAUGCAGAAGAACAGACGGAAACUGAGGAAGGAAGGCCUGGACCUGGAGACAAUCGGCUUUGCUGUGUAUGAGGCACCUGAUGAUGAGAGUCAGGUGGAAAAGGAUUUCUUCCGCUAUCACCCGUCAAAAGCUCGUAGCCGGACCUACAUCAACAUGCGUGAGGUGUCUGAGCGCUUCACGCUGCCCCCUGGGAAAUACCUGCUGGUCCCCACCACCUACCAGCCCCACCAAGAGGCGGACUUCAUCAUCCGGAUCUUCUCGGAGAAAAAGGCUGAUGCCAUAGAGCUGGGGAGCAACGUUGAUGCUGACCUGCCGGAUCCACCCAUGCCCACCCCUCCAGAGGAGGAGACGGAUGAGGAGAAAAGCCUGAGGAGACUCUUUGACCAGCUGGCUGGAGAUGACAAGGCGAUCUCUGUCAGAGAGCUUCAGCAGAUGCUCAACGGAGUUCUCAGCAGAAGAAAAGAGAUCAAGUUUGACGGUCUGAGUUUGAGCACCUGCCACAGCAUCAUCAACCUGAUGGACGUGGAUAACACGGGGAUGAUCGAGUUCCAAGAGUUUAAGGUCUUCUGGGAGAAGAUGAAGAACUGGAUUAUGCUCUUCCUGGCCUUUGACACAGACCGCUCAGGGAAAAUGUCAUCCUAUGAGCUUCGCAGCGCUCUCAAAGCUGCAGGGAUGCAGCUGAACAACCAGCUCCUGCAGCUGGUGGGCCUAAGGUUUGGAGACGACACCUUCAACAUCGACUUUGACGACUACCUGACCUGCAUCGUCCGCCUGGAGAACAUGUUCAGAGUUUUCCAGGCUAUGGACAAGUUCAAAAGGGGGCGGGUGAAGAUGAACAUGAUGCAGUUUCUCAUGUUGUCGAUGAACGUCUGAAGAGGAGCAGAAAGAAAACCGACAAGAGCAGAAAAUCAAAAAGACGUUGAAAUAUUCUGCCAUCUGUUUCAGUUUAAAAGACAAAUUCUCAUUUUAAAUGUCCAAAGUUUGUCUGGUUUGCUUGCAAAACGUUCCUAAACCUGUGAAAUGCUGCUUUAAACUGUGCUGAGCUUCUGAAACAAUAUGUUCUCUACUUGAUACAUGAAAAUACAAUUUAUAAAGAAAA